AGUUGGCACCCCACAAUUCGAUUUACGUGUCAGUUGUCAUAAAUUUAGGUUAGAAAAUAAAUAAUUACGUGUAAAACCAUAUUUCCGCAGAAUGCAUUCAGUUUUACAACGCGGAAACGCGAUUUUGGCGUACGCUCUCAGCGUUCUUGCUUGCCUGACUUUUGCUUGUUUCAUCUCGACCGUAUUUCUCGAUUACCGCACUAAUGCAUCGAUGAAUACAGUUAAAGUCGUUGUGAAAAACGUGCCGGAUUAUAGCGCCUCGAGGGAAAAGAAUGAUUUGGGAUUCCUUACUUUUGAUCUCCAGACCAAUUUGACUCAUCUUUUCAACUGGAAUGUGAAACAGCUGUUUUUGUAUCUUACUGCUGAGUAUGAGAGUUCAAACAAUAAAUUGAAUCAGGUUGUACUGUGGGACAAGAUUAUUUUACGUGGCGAGAAUGCGGUCCUUGACUUCAAGAAUAUUAACACCAAAUAUUACUUCUGGGAUGAUGGGAAUGGUCUCAAAGCAAACAAAAAUAUCACUUUGACCCUAUCCUGGAAUAUUAUACCUAACGCUGGACUAUUACCUAAUAUUUUUGCACAUGGGUCACACUCUUUUAAGUUCCCUGAGGAAUACACUACCUCUAGAAUGUAAUAAGUUAUUUGUUGUAAAUGUUUUUUUAAAUAAAAAAUUCAUUGAUUAA